GGACACAGGUCUUAAAUGAACUUAAAUCAGAAUCAGAAUGAAUUUUAUUGCCAGCGCUCCAGAUCAGAGCAUAGGAACUUGACUCCAUAGUACAACCUGACCAAGGUUACACACACACAUAUAGACAGGACAGAUACAGGCAGACCAUGGGAGCAGCCAUGACGGCGCUCCUUUUGUAGAUGAGUGAGGGAAUACGUGAGGAAAGUUCAGGGGAGGGAGAAGAAAGGCAUUAACAGGGUUACACCGGCAGGGUGUAGCAUUCUUAAUGCAAAAAAAAAAAAGUAUUAUACAUAAGAAUUAUUCAGUAAAGUGAUCACAGAACAGUCUGUCUUCAUCAUGUUAGAAGAAAAGUGUUAGCAGAAUCAUCAAUCUCAUCUCACUGACGGAGGAAAUAACACAGCCACAUCACUCCUUCGCGUCUCAAUCAGGGAACACCUGGUUUAUUUUGUCACGUGCCUUUUAUGCGUCACUGACAGCGAUCUCAUUAGUGAAAUUACACAUGACAUUAGUUAACAAAAAAUAAAGAUAUACAUACAGAGAUAAAACAAAUGAGAACACAAGCAUAUGUAAUAUAAAUCAAUAUUAAAUCAUGACCUUUUGUAGAUCUCAGUUCUUAACACCCCCACUUGUUCUCACUUUGUCUUUUAUUCCUGACUUCCCUUAUUUUCCAAACAUUAUGUUUUCAUAUUUCUUCAAUGCUGUUUUUGUUGCUGGUUUUGUCAUUCCGUCUGCUACCAUCUGAUCAGUUUGGCAAUAUUGUAACAUCACUUUGCCAUCGUUCACACAUGAUCUUAUAAAAUGGUAUUUUAUAUCUAUGUGUUUGCAUCUCUGCCUGCUGACGGGGUUCUUUGCUAAAGCAAUGGUAUUUUAUAUCUAUAUAUAUGUCGUAAUCUAUUGGUGAAUGAAGAUAAGCUGUCUUGACGUCCAUCUGGUGUAAAAUGAGGUUCUCCUGUACAGCACACUGCAUCAGUACCCUCACGCUUGUUAGACUAGCUGUUGGGGAAAAUGUAUCAUCAUAAUCUAGUCCAGCUCUUUGACCGUAACCUUUUGCUACAUACCCAGCCUUGUAUCUUUCUGAUCCGUCGUCAUUUUUCUUCAGAACAUAUACCCAUCUACCCCCCACUGCUUUCUUGCCCUUUGGUAAGUCAGUCAGGGUAUAGGUGUCAUUCUCUAAUAAAGAAUGCAUCUCUUCAUCCAUUGCUGCCUUCCAUUUAUCAGAAUUUGGGGACUCUAUAGCAUCGUUGUAUGUAAUGGGCAUACCACAUGUUGCUCUGUAACAGUAGUCGAUAUAUGCUCCUUGAUCAUCAUUAUCCUCCCCUUUUGAUACAUAGUCUUUUAAAUAUUCUGGUUUCUUUCUCGUCCUUUCUGGAUACCUUCUGUUUGUUCCUGCUGCCUGGUUUGUGUCUGGAUUUUGUUUCCAUUUUUCUUCAGAAGUUUCACCAUCAGAUUCAUCCUUGUGAGAGGAUGACGUUUUCACCACUCGAGGUCGUGAGACAGUUGGUAUGUCAUCCUCCUCAGGGAUAAGAACUGUUUGUGUCUGCCUCUCUUCAACAUUUUUGCUUACAAACUUUACCAGUCUAACUUUCUGCACACUCUUGUUCAAAGGAAAGUAAAUGAGAUAUGCAGGACUGUAUUUGUCAUAGCCAAUGAAUAUUCCUUUAGUACAUCUUGAGUCCAACUUUGUUUUGUUUUGCCUGUAAGCAAAACAUGCACAACCAAACUUUUGCAUAGUAGAAAUGUUGGGUUUGCAUCCUGUUAGUAAGAAGUAGGGUGUUUGUUCAGUACGACGACUGAAACAUCUGUUCCUGAUCACAGCUGCGGUCUGGAUUGCAUAUGUCCAUAAGUACUUGGGUAAACCGCUCUCAAUGAGCAUGCACCUCCCCAUAUCAAAAAGGGUGCGCCAAUUCCGCUCUACAGUACCAUUUUGAUGGGGGGAAUAUGGCGCUGAAGUUUCAUGUCUGAUCUUAUGUUUACUCAGUAAAUCUUGGUACCUUCUGCACAUAAACUCUGUCCCAUUAUCAGACCUAAUGCAUUUAACAUCACCAUAUGAGGCUGUGUCCGCUAGGAACUUCUCGGUUGCUUGCACCGUAUCACUUUUGUUUCUCAGAAAAUACACAAAAAUAGCACUUGAGUAAUCAUCCACAAAUGAUAGUGCAUAUUUAUGACCAUCCUUAGAUGCUGGACUUAUUGGACCGGCCAGAUCUGUGUGCACUAGUUCAAGAGGUUUAUUAGCCCUUCUGUCUGGUUUUCUAUUUCUGUAUUGAACAAAUUUACCUUGGAUACAUACUUCACACUUUACUUCUUUUCCCAGUUUGCCUUUGAUUUUCAUGCCAUCAACUACAUUCUCCAGCUUUUGUAAAUCAUCAUGAUUGCAGUGACCUAGAAUUUCAUGCCACGUUUGUAUGUCCAAGCACUUAGCACAUUUAUCAGUGUAUUCAGUAACAGUUUCAAUGUAAUACAGUCUGUUGUGCUCAUAUAUGUUAAACUCAGUACCAUCUUUGUGUUUUAGUCUGUUUCUACCUGUUUUGAAGACGAUAGUUGCUCCAUUUUCUGUUGCAGCUCUCACAGAAAAGAUGUUCUGCGGGAAAGAUGGGAUGUACAAUGCCUCUUUCAAUGUUACUUGACAUUGUUGCCCUCUGCUGUCGAUCAGGUACACCACAGCGUCUCCUCUACCUUCAGCAACUCCUUUACAUCUGCUGCCAUCAGCCAGCUCCACACAGUGUGUCCCACCAUGGAAAUUGUUGUCAAACUUCUUAAAAGCACUGAUGUCUGUGAUGAUGUGUGACGUAGCACCAGUAUCCACCAUCAAACCUUUAAUCUCAAUCUCCUUCCCAAUUCCAGGAUUCGCGUUGUCUGUCUUUAGCUUGAAAGCAUAAGUGUUGUCUUGGGUCCUGUCGUCGUCAUCCUCACGAGCUAUGCGUACCUCAUCACCUCGUUGAUUCCUCCGGCACGUCGCGUCUCGCUCUGAGUAAUGACAGGAAGAGAAAGCAGGAUGGAUCCAGCUGUUCUCAGGAUAGUGGGGAGAUUCAACCCAGCAAGAAAAGGAAACCAUCUCUGGUCUCCUGUAAAGAAGAAACAGAGGUUAAAGAACCACAUUGGGAGAAGAAAGAGGCCAUGGUGAGAAGACUCCAGAAGCGGUUUCCGGACCAGGAUAAGGAGGAGUUGCGGCUGGUGCUUAAAGAACACGACUGGAAUGUUGAAGAGUCUUUGCUGGUCCUGCAAAUGUUCUCAGACACAGAAAAUAGUUCCAGCUCAGUUGAUUCAGAGGAAUCUUCAUCUAAACGCAGCAAGUUGACUAAUUUGCGGGACCAAAAUUCUAAAGAUGAUAAAAAUAGUGAAGAUUUUAAAGAUCAUGAAGAUGUCAGUGCAUCAGACGGAAACAGUGGAAAUGACACUGAUGUAACAAAGGACAGCGAAGAUGAAUCUGAGUCAGACAACCACAAAAGUUCAAAAAACAGCAUUCUGUCAUUUUAUGCAAAAAAAUCAGAUUCAGCUCCUUCAUCCUCUUUUGAAAAGCAGAGACAGACUUCUUCUUCUGUGAAGCCUUCCUCAUCAUCGUCAGCCGCUCAGGUUUUGUCUAGAUUUGCGAGCGAGACCAGUAUAGCUAAGAAGCAGGCAGAGGAGAGAAAAAGGAAGGCACAAGCCGCCAAUAAGCACAUCAGUUCUGAUGAAGAGGAUAGUGGUGAAGAGGACGCCGUGUCGAGCGAGUAUGACGAUUCCGAUGAUGAGCUGGAUGCUAAAGAAGGCGCGAUGGACGCAAAGACUGCGAUAGUCACUUUUUUUCAAGAUGCUUCUCUAGAUGAGCUCUCCUUGAUUUCUGGUUGUUCAAUAAAAAAGGCCCAGAAGAUCGUGGAAAUGAGGCCGUAUGACAGCUGGGAAAGCUUGUGGGAAGUCUUCCAUAAAGAAAACGGACUUUCAGAAAAUUUGGUGUCAGGUUGUAAAGUUGUCCUCAGGGAGCGAAGGGUAGUCCUGGGGCUCAUGUCCAAAUGUGAGACCAUUUCUUCAAAAAUGAUUCAACGGGUCACGAAGGUGAUGGAGAGUGGGUCAGGAUCCGUGAAAGCGCCCAGCAUACUCAACAGUCAGUUAGAGAUGAAACCAUACCAGUUGAUUGGUCUGAAGUGGCUGUUGCUCCUGCAUGAACACAACCUGAGCGCCAUCCUCGCUGAUGAAAUGGGUUUGGGGAAAACCAUCCAGGCUAUAGCAUUUCUGGCCCAGCUGUAUGAAAAUGGUAUACAAGGUCCUCAUCUCAUCACUGUGCCUUCCUCUACUCUGGAUAACUGGGUUAGAGAGCUCAAGUUGUGGUGUCCAAGCCUUGAAGUCCUUAUUUAUUAUGGUUCUGUGGAAGAGCGACGCUACCUCAAACAUGACAUCCUCUCUGGGGAAAUUUCAUUCAACGUCAUCGUGACCACGUAUAGCUUGGCCAUCGGUAACGACAGCGACCGCAGCCUUUUCCGGAAGCUGCAACUGCAGUACGCCAUAUUUGAUGAAGGCCACAUGUUAAAGAACAUGAACACUCACCGCUACCGUCACCUCAUGUCUAUUAAUGCUGAGCAUCGCCUGCUGCUAACAGGAACUCCUCUACAGAACAACCUCCUGGAGCUGAUGUCUCUCCUGAACUUCAUCAUGCCUUCAAUGUUCUCCAGCUCCACGAUACAACUUUCUAAAAUGUUUUCCAUGAAAUCUCACGAGGAACAAAGCAGUUUUGAGAGGGAUCGUAUCUCUCAGGCCAAACUUAUCAUGAAGCCGUUUAUUCUGCGGCGAGUCAAGAGUGAGGUUCUCAAGCAGCUUCCAUCUAAAGAAGAAAUGGUGGAGUUCUGCCCGAUGAGUGAGAAACAGAAGGCUCUCUACGAGGCCCUGCUGAAAAAACUUAAAAGUACCACAAACGGAGAGAAGCGGGAGCUGUGUAAUGUAAUGAUGCAGCUGAGGAAGAUGGCCAACCAUCCUCUUCUCCAUAGACAGUACUACACCACAGAAAAGCUCCAAGCCAUGAGCAAACUUAUGCUUAAGGAACCAACACACAUUGAUGCCAACGCCGCUCUGAUCCAGGAAGACAUGGAGGUGAUGUCAGACUUUGAACUGCAUCGUCUGUGUCAGCAGUACUUCUCCAUCAGCUCCUACCAGCUUGAUAAAAAUCUUCUGCUCGACUCUGGGAAAUUCCUCCACCUGAAAGAGCUGCUAGCCUCACUAAAAAGCCGGGGAGACAGAGUGGUGUUAUUCAGUCAGUUUACCAUGAUGCUGGACAUUGUGGAGGUGCUGCUGAAGCACCUCGAUCACCGUUACGUCAGACUGGAUGGAUCCACGCCCAUAGCUGAACGGAUAGUGUUGAUAGAUGAGUACAACACUGACCCAGACAUAUUCCUGUUCCUGUUAUCAACACGUGCCGGUGGGCUGGGCAUCAACCUCACCUCGGCUAACGUCGUCAUCCUGCAUGACAUCGACUGUAAUCCCUACAACGACAAGCAGGCAGAGGACCGAUGCCACCGUGUGGGCCAGACCAGGACCGUAAAGGUGAUUAAGCUGAUCAGUCAGGGCAGCAUCGAGGACGGCAUCCUGCAGCUCGGCAACAAGAAACUAAAGCUUGAACAGGACAUGACCGCUGCUGACCAAGGUGGUGAAGGGACCGUACCUGAAGACAUAGCGUCUUUGCUCAAAGCCUCCCUGGGACUGUGACACACAAACACAUCAGACUUGAAACUGAGCAAAUGCAUUUUUGAAGACCUUGGGAUUGGAUAACGGUAGUCUUUUUACAAACGCUGCCUUGAAAAAGACUUGGUUGCACGGUAAAUGUUUCUAAAGAUUUACCCUCCACAUGAAGGAACGUUCAUCCUACGAGUUCAUGUGGCCUAGGUUCAUUAUGACUGAAUGAGAUAUGGUUACUUAAUAAAAAGACUACCGAUAAAAUAAAAAAAUAGAUGCCAUCAAGGGAUUGUCCCUUUUUAAUAUCCAUGAACUUUGUACGUACUCACACGUUCGCAACGGUGCUAAAAUACUGGUAACGUGUUUGAUUUUGUUUAUUUCUAAACAAUUUUCCAAAGUUAAAGCUGUAUCAACAUUUCCGUGUUGUGUAUUUGCAUUUUUGUCACGAGAUUCAGCCUGUGAAUUUAACAACCUUUAACAGGAAACACCACUUCAUAUUUUGUAAUGUACAACAUUCAGUUUUAAUAUUGAUGAAUUUAACAAUAUUUAAAAAAUGGGAGGAAUAGAAAACGUCCAUCUGGAAUGAGUUUAUCCUAAACAAACCAAGAGAUGCAGGCCAUGUUCCAACGCCACCUGAUGUGUUCAUGAUGUAGAUGAGUGGCCUAUUGGCUGUAACUUUACAUGUUACUGCUUAAGGUUUUGUUAUGUUCUUUGUAUGUUUUCAGGUUUGUGUUUUAACCAAUAAUAAACAUUUGAAAUAUU